GAAUCAUUUAUGUGCAUUUUUUAAUAAUUGGAGACUCCGAAAACACUCCAAAUAAGCAUCCUUAAAAAGAAAUUCAAACUGAUAGAAGAAAAUAUUUUCUACCGAAAAUAAGAAAAGAUGCACUGGCUAAUAUUUACUUUGAUCGUGUUUGCUUGGUUUAUAUUUACGAAGAGCUCAUCACAUGAAACACGAGUGCCUUUCAACGCACCGGGACGAUUCAGAAUGAAUGUUCAAUCUCCACAAGCAAGCCUAGAAUUACCACCAUCUGUUACUUCGACUGCAAAUAAUAUAUUUCCUUCACCUUUUAUAGCCAAUAUUUAUAAUGGUUUAGGUAUUUAUCCACACCUGCCAUCAACUUUUCAAGCUUACGUGCCGUACUUUCAACUACAACCAUUCAUCGUAGUGGCUUUAUCCAAUAAAGAAACAGUCGCGUUACAAUCUGCUCUAUCAAAUCAACAAAUCAUCAUACCGCAACUUUCACAAACAUAUUUUUGUGGAUGGGGAAUUUGUCCAAAUUCACAAUCUCAAUCAUUACAUCAGAACAAUAUAGGCUCUAACAGCAUAGAAUCAUCACUGAACUCCAAAACUAUGUCUAACCCACAACAAUCUCUGCAAAACAACACUAUCGAUUUUCUGCUAUCAAAUCAACCUGAUUCACAAAUAAAAUUAAACCAGAAUGGAAAUAUAAAUUUUGAAUCAAACAAAAAUAAAUGGGCACAGCAAAAUUCUACAAAAAUACCACAGAAUCCACAAUUCAAUCCUCAACUCAAUUUGUCAUCCAAUUCAGUGUCAUCUUUGAACCAAAAUAAUCAACAAUUUUCCAACCAACAAUCUUUGCAAAUCAACACUCAUAAUUUUCUACUACCAAACCAACCUGAUUCACAAAUAUUAUUAAACCAGAAUGCUAACAUAAAUUCGGAGUCAAAUAAAAAUGAGCGGGAACCACAACCCUGGACACAACAAAAUUACAACAGUACUACAAAAAUACAACAGAAUCCACAACUCAAUUCUCAAUUGAAUUUUCCAUCCAUUUCAGUGUCAUCCUUAAACCAAAAUUAUCAACAAUCCUCUAACCAACAAUCUACAAAUAAUCUUCUACAUCCGAACCAUCAACCCGUUACUUAUUCUAAUUCGAAAAUGAAUCAAGAAAAUCUUACAACACAAGUAUCAAAAAAUCCUUCUAACUCACUUUCAAAAUUAGAACAAUCUUCAAAUUUUCAACCAAAUCAAUAUCUAUGGGGAUCUACCAGCUCCCAUAAUAAUUCACCAUCAAAUCAACAAACUAAUUCAAACUCGGAGAAAUAUCUACCACCAAGUCCUCAAGAGAAUUCCCAAGCAAAUACUCCUUCUAGUUUACUUUCAAAAUUACAACAAACUUCAAAUUUUCAACCAAAUCAAUAUUUAUGGGGAUCCAUCAGCUCCCAUCAUAACUUACCAUCAAAUCAACAAACUUCCAAUUCAAACUCACAGAAUUAUCUGCCACUGAGUCCACAAAAGAAUUUCCAAACAAUUACUCCCUAUAGUUCACUUUCCAACUUAGAACAAACUUCAAAUUUUCAAAGCAAUCAACAUCUAUGGGGAUCCAGUUCUCAAAAUAACUCACCAUCAAAUCAACAAACUUCGAAUUCAAACUCACAGAAGUAUCUUCCACUGAAUCCACAAGAGAAUUCCCAAGCAAAUACUCCUUCCAAUUCACUUUCCAACUUAGAGCAAACUUCAAAUUUUCACACCAAUCAAAAUGCAUGGGGUUCCAUCUUUCAAUAUCCAUCAUUAAAUCAACAAACUUCGAAUUCAAACUCACAUAAUUAUCUGCUAUUGAGACCACAAAAUAAUUCUCAAACAAAUACUUCUUUUUCUUUUUCCAACUUAGAACCAACUUCAAAUUUUCAAAGCAAUCAACAUCUAUGGGGAUCCAGCUCCCAUAAUAACUCACCAUUAAAUCAACAAACUUCGAAUUCAAACUCACAGAAUUAUAUUCCACUGAAUCCACAAGAGAAUUUCCAAGCACCUGGUUCACUUCCCGACUUAGAACAAACUUCAAAUUUUUUAGCCAAUCAACAUCUAUGGGGACCCAGUUUCCAUAAUCACUCUCCAUCAAAUCCACAACAAAACACUUUACUUCAAAAUUGAGAAUUAAUCUCUAUUUUACCCAAAAAAAUCCAAACUCUAACUGAUAUUCUGAUCAAUACCCUAACUGAUGUCUAAAUUUAUUAUAGUAAAAAGGGUCUGGCAGUGGGGGGGGGGGGUUGUAACCAUCGAAACAAACAUAUUCCUGGAUUCUUGUAUUGGAAAUGGGAACAGCCUUUUUUCUAUUAGGGUU